UAGUUAUAUAAAAAAUAAUUAUUUAAAUUGAUAAUAAAUAAAAAAAAAUAUUUUUAAAUAGUUUUGAAUUAUAUGUUUUUAAAUUUAAACUUUUUAUUUUACAAUAAUCUUUUGAAAUAAUUUUUCAUAUUUUAUUUUUAAAGUUCAAAAGUACUUUUUGAUUUUUUAUUUUUUUUUAAAACACAAUAACAAUAAUUAACAUAAUUAAACACAGUUACUUAGAAUUUGUAUGUUUUGUGGAACUAAUUCUAGAUAAAUAGAAAUAUAUGAAUAGAAGAUUUAGAUAUAAAUAAGUCAGAAUUGAUAACCCAAUUAAUAAUCUUUUUUGGCGCAGUGGUUGUGUGUAUGGGACAAUAUGGUCGGAACCUAGGUCCGUCAUCCCCGACUACAGAUUAAUUUUUUUUAUCAAUUAUUUAAAAUGUAAAAGCUACGUAAGCACUGUUAAAUCCACAUAAGCAUUCAUUACUAUUUGACUAACGGAGACUUGGUCAAUGUAUUAAUUCACCUACAAUUGUUGGUUGAUGUAUGAAAUUUGAAUAUAAAUUGUGUUGAUGUAUGAUUUAGCACAUGUGUCGAGUAUAUGUACUGAUCGGGACCGCAGUCCUGUGUUGAUGUAUGAAUUGAUCGAUUUCCCGACUAAACGAGCAAUUGGUUAAUUUUGAAGUUGUUACACUAAGCACUUAUUUCUGUCAGCAAGUAAAAAAAUAUGAACCAACCAGAAGAACCAUAUAAAAUAUUACAACUAAAAUCAUGUAUGUUUGAUAAAUUGGCAGUUAACAAGUUUAUUAUUAUUAUUUUAUGUUGCAUAAAUUUAAAUAUUUUUUAGAUUUAUAUAUAAAUUAAAAUUAAAUUAGGGGAUCGUUGGCUAGUUUGUGGAAUGAAUUUUUCAGAUACUUAGUUUAUCUAUUGAAACAAAUUAUCUCAACCAGACUAUAAAUAUUUUCUUGUAUUCCAAAAAUACAGAUGAAAAUCAAAGGGGAUUUUACAAAGUUGUUGAAUAUUUUUUUUUUGUCACGAACAAAGUUGUUGAAUAAAAAUGAAGAAACACAAGUUGUGAGUGAGAAGAAUGGCAAAUCCUUCUUUAGAAACCAAAGAAGGAUCGUCGAAGGUAGAUAUAUUUCAUGAAAACAACUCUUUUAAACUUUAUCUGAUCAUAUUCACCAUUUUAUGGAUAGUGAAGUAUCACCUUUUCUAUAUCUAUGGUUAAUAAAUGACUAAUCAAAAAGUUUAGAACGGAUAAAUUGAUCUACAUGUCGAACGAUCUCUGGUUUCCAGUCCACCGCCCGAGCCCAGCAUAAUUCCAAAAAUACAAAUCUAUCCCACUCUCACAGUAGAUCAAUUUAUCAAUUGACAUACAAAAACAAGGAACCAUCAACUCCUUUAUAACAUUAUUGAAGAUGCAGAUGCAGAAAUCAUUAGGAAAAUACAUAUUAGUACGUUAUCUCUAAAUAAUUCCAUAUUUAGGCACUUUACAAACUCAGGAACACAUCUAAAUCAGGAUACCAAGUCGCACGAAAUCCUUUACAAGAAUUUGUUUAGAAACUUAAGUGUCCACUAAAAAUGAAACAUUUUUUUUGGCAUUUUUUUCCCAGGAUGUAUGUCAAUAGCUUAUAACCUUAAGGCACAAGGAUACAUUGUGAUGGAAUUUUAAUGACCGCCGUCAAAACAAACAUGAUACUUCUGAAUAUACCCUCUAAUCCAUAUAUUUUCCCAAAAUAAUCAAUAUACACAAAUAUGGAUUACUUAUUUUCUCGGUUACCUUUUUUUAAAUGCAGAUUUUGAGGCUCGAAUUUGGAAAAUGAAAUGCAUGAUUAUUUUUAGGCAAAUAGAAGUAGCUUUCCAAACAGACAGUAUGUAACUGGUGAAGACAGUGUCGAGGGUCGACAUCAAUGGAUUGGCUAGUUUUCUUAGUCUACAUUGAGGAGUUCUAAAGAUGUAUAAAAUAUUUAAAUGUUUUCACAAUCUCACAUAACCCUUGAACGACAAACACCAUUACCGACAAAUUAUAAAAAGAUGCAAGGAGUCAAGCGUCACAUAUUGUCCAUUUAGACCGAAUUUUCAAUUUGGACGACAAUUUAGUUUUUCUUUACUCUCUUCGUAUUGUUGUCAAAAACAAAAGUAAGCUCUUUGAGAAUAUAGAGAAAAGGAACUCCUCACAAUGAGCACAAAAUUCUAUCUUUCCAUUCAAAGGAUGAAAGAUAAAAGUGCACCAAUUGAAAAGUAAAACUCAUUAUAAAUUCCACCAUUAUAAUUUUGAGAUCGUUUAUUUAUAUUAAAAAUGGCUUGAGUACAAAUUAAAGUCUAAAGAUAUAUCCAAACCAUUUGCUAUGGUGAAAGCUAAAAUCAGGGAUUUGAAUAAAUAUUAGAUAACUUUUAUAAUCGACUUACAUGAUGAUGUUUGCAUUUUCGUGGAGAGCUAGUAUUCUUUUGUCUUGAGAAUUAUGCUAGGAUCAAACAUGUUUAUUAAGGAAAAUCUUGUUGGAUCCUUCACUAUGGUUGUCAUUAAUGAUCAUUUGAGUACUUGAGUUUGCUAUUGGUCAUUUUGAGAGAAGUUUUAGUUGAAUUUUGUUCUUUAAUUGGUUUUAUUGAAGCUAAGAUGAUUAGUAAAUUAAAAACUGAAAUAGCGAGGUUGACUGGCAAAGUGCAGACAAAAACGCAGUCUUCGUAAGAAGUCUGGUUGACAAAAGUAAAAAAGAGGCCAAAUCAUAAGACCUAACUUUACUUUCAUUUCUGCCUCUUACUUUCACCAUUUCAUUGACGCAGGCUCCUUUCUUUUUACCAUUUUGAUAUAAACAUUUUGGUGAAUUUUGUUUGUUUUACUCAAUAUAUUGGAGAGUAUCAAAAUCAAACAAUACGUUUUUUUUCUUAAUCUACUAGGUAUUGGCGUAUUACACUCGUAUGUUUUACCCCUACGUUUUUAAGUUUUGUAGAUAUAUUGUUUAUACUAUAAGAAACUAUAAUUUAAUACAAAUUAUACAAUAUUUAUAUAUUUUAUAUAAUAUUAUAAUAAUCUUUAGAUUUUUAUAUAAUAUUAUAAUAUCUAUUGUAAUCAACCACAACCGUUUAUUUUUUAUUUUUUUUUAUUUUUCAUCUUUCUCUAUCUUAUCUUUUUUCCCUAAAUUUCAUUUGAUAUGUAUAUUUUUAUCAAUAUAAUCCAGUCAUAAUAAUUAGGUUAUAAAACAUUUUUUACAUAUGCCAUGUUUUGAAAAAAAAAUUAAACUAGAUAAAUUUCUCAGUAAAUAUAUAAUUUUUUCUUAAUAAAAAUGUCUAUUUCUAUUCUAUAUCAUCCUGUAGAAAAACAUUUAAAGACUAUUUAUCGAGUAAUAUAAAUUCUCUAUAUUUUAAACUUGAAAAGAUGGUUUAUGAAUAUUUUUAAUUUUCUCUUAGUCCAAACAAUACUUUUUCAUAUGAUUUAUUGAAAAAAUAAUAUUUAAGUAUAUGUUUUCCAUUCACCAUGUAUAAUACAUCAACAUUUGAACCUAUUAUCAGUAGUUUCAAUGUUACUCACAACCAAACAUACAUGCAUGAAUUAGCGUUGACAGAAUAAUGUGUGUUAUUAUCGUGUCAAUUAUAUCAUGUAUGACUGUCUUUUUAUUUUAUUAGCUAUCCAACACGUUGUUGUUAUAAAUUUAUCUGUGUCAUAUACAUCUCAUAUAGGUACUCUAUGAGAAUUUGAUAGAAUAUUAUGCUUGUCAAUGAUUUCUGUUUUUAGGUUGUUUUGCAUUAUUGUUCAUGUAUCACUAUUUGAUUUUGUAAAAAAAUAUAUACCUCUUAAAAAUAGAUAAAUAGAUUCGAAUUAAGAAUUAUAAACAUAUAAUAUCCCAUUUUUAUAUAAGACGACAAGUUCAUACCAUAAUAUCAUAUUUUUUAAGAAAUGUAAAUGUUGUUAUAUAUAACACUAUAUUAUGUUGUAUAAUAUUAUAAUUUUAUGAAAUUUCGAAAUUCUGCAAAAAUCAAAGUGAAUUGAAUUGAUUUAAACUUUCAUAAUUAAAAGGAAUAAAUUUUAGAAUCAAAAUAUAAUAUAUUAAAAAAAUAUUUUUGAGGAAAAUAAAAAAUAUUAAAACACAUCUUUAUUUUAGUGGAAACAUAGAAGAAUACAUUGAAGGUAUAUACAUCUCCAAAUCAUAAUUACAACUCUAUUUUUCUUAGUAAAGGAGGUAAUAAUCUAAUAUUGAUAUUUGAAAAAUAAGAGUAUUAGUGGAGAACAAUAAAACAAAGUGCUGACAAAAAAAAACAAAAGAAACAAAGUUAAGUGCAAUACACUUAUGUGGUUUGAGUCAUAGAUCAAACAUUAUGAGUUUUGUCUGUCUGGUUCGAUAAAAGUAUGUUUCAUAAUGCGUAAUUACCCUAUUCUAAAUUAUCUUUUGGAGAGUGUCAAAUAUAUUCCAUAUUCCCUAAAACAAAUGUGUCCCCGAGGUAAGACAAUGGUUUUUUUUUGCUCCAUAUAUAAAAAAACACUUCAGACUAUCUUAUGAAAUGAAUUAGGUCUGCGAAACAGUAUGUACAUUUGUGAUCUAGAACCCAAACUCGUGAUAAGUUCGAUAUUGAGGUUUUCUGGAAGCUACUUGAUACAUUGUAUCUUUCUAUAACAAAAAGGCACAUCAAGAACCGUUCAGUCUCUUUGAUUUGGUACCACACGAAUAUUAAUUGUUAACAUGCAUGCUUAUCAUUAAUUUGCAUAUAUAUGUGUCUGCGUAAUUACAUAUAUGCACAAAGUGUGUGUCUGUGUGAAAGACAGAUCGUACAUCUCAUAUAUACGAGACUUCGAUGUUGCUUCAAUCUGACGUCUCAUAGGUCAUAACAUGCAUUUGCAUCAUUACUCCGGUCCACACCACCUUUCUUUAGGAGUUAAAUUGUGACCUCAUUUUUUAGAUUAGUUAUUUGAUUUCCAAUAAAUUGAUAGAUUAAUUGAAAGAAACCUUGCUGAUGGAUUUACGCUUCCGUAAAAUAUUCACAGUCUCACAAUUCACGAGCCUCGUCAAAAGAGCAUUGUUGUUUUUUUAAUUGUUGCCCUGAUAUAUGUCGAAAGCCCAUUUAUUUUUGGUCAUUGUUCCUAGUUAAGUUAUUAGUAAAAGCCUGAUUAUAAGAAGACGGCCGAAUUUUCAGUACAGAAACAAAAUAAAGUGGCCCUACAGUUUGUUUUACUUUAUUUUUCGUUUUUCAAAAUUCACUAUUGGAAAUAAUUUGUAUUCAAACGACAAACUUAUUGUUAUUGAAAUAUUAUAUUUUAAAAUAUUUUAAAUUUUAUAUUAUUGAAUUUGUUAUUUUAUAAUGUAAAAUUGUAAAUCCAGUGUUCGUAUCAAUCUUUUGAUGUUCUUGAAUUAUGUCAUAAGCUCCUGAAGAUAACAACUUAUAAUCAAUAAGACACCGUACAACUCCUUUUAUUUUUAUAACAUUAUACACAAAAUGUGGUUUUAGUCUUAGAAGUCAAACUGCUAAAACUAAAAGUUAUUAAGAUAUCUAAGUAAGCAUGUACCAAACACAAUUGUCCUGGAAUACUUGUCUUUCUCUUAAGAAGAUAUGCUUGAUAAAUAAACACCAAGCAUCUCCCAUAGUUUGAAUUUGAAGUAAUAGUAGAAUCAAACAUUAGAGAUAAUAAAAUGCACAAGACAAAGACGAACCAACACGUUCUGCCACAGUUUUUUCUUCUAGACGACUAGGAAAAAAGAGAGGGUAUUCUGAGAAUUGAACUCGGGACGUCUCACACCGUAAGCGAGGAUCAUACAACUAGACCAAAUGCAUUUUGUGCAUUUUUUAUUUCAAUCAGCUAGAAAAUGAUGCAGUCUUUUCACCAUUUUCUGGACAAUAUCAAGUCUUUGGUAAAUUGAUAGGUAUCAUCUAUCAUUAUGUUGACGUGGCAAGUGCUCAGGAUGACGUGGAAGGGUUAGAGCAAAGUAAAGACUCGGGAUGGUUGAGACGCUUUGUCGUUAGUAAUAUGCAUCAGCAAGAAGACUAUAAGUAGAGUCGCUUGAUUGAAGAAUAGGUUAUGUUUGAUGUUGUAAUUGGUUAGACAUAUGAGUUUAGAUCCGAUCGUGAUGAGAUCGGUGAUUCAAGAUUCACUCGCCAUGAGAAUGUAGCAAACCUCAAGCUAUCCUUGUAAUCGGUGUUAGUCUGUGUGUAAUCCUCUUAAAGAUUAGUAAAGAGAGUGUUGAGUGAUGAGAAGUUAUCUUCAUACUUAACAUAAAUUGAACUUGAACACAGUGAUGUAGUGCGCGAUGCCUUUGGCACUUCCUUGUAGACGUUGUUUAUGACAGAUUGACAGUGCAACAGCUUCAUCUUCUCGAACUCUAGUCCCGGUUCCUCCAUUACUUCUCUAGCAACACCGAGUUUACCGACCACAACAGCGAUUUUCGGCAUCGCACUUUCUGUCUCCAUUUCAGUGUGAAUAAAAAUAUAAAAUAACCAUCCUCUCUCGUCGGCGAUUUGUUUAUUCAUCGUUGACUAUAUGAUGUCAGACGGUCCAGUGGCAUGAGUCCCAGCCAUAACACUUCUUUUAUUAUUUUCGACAAAUGUUUUUGUUUGUUAUAAAAAUUAAUAUUCUUAACAUUCAUACCCCAAAAAUAAACGUAUUAAUUAUUAACAAUAUUGUUAUUAAAAUUUGUGAAGGAAGAAGAAUAGGCUCCUCUCUAUAUUUUUACGGGAAGUUACUAGCACCACAAAUUUAAUUGCGCAAUACUUUACUGCGUUGACCACCACUUGUCAGCAUGAGAUUGCAUCAAUAAGUUAGUAAGACACCAUAUAUAGCUAACAAACCAUAAAUCACUCGUCUAAAUAUUUCACUUUGAUCACUACGCUCUCUGUCAUUCCUUCAUCGAUACAAUGACGGAUACGACAGACGAUAUUGCAGAGGAAAUCUCAUUCCAAAGCUUCGAAGAUGACUGCAAGUUGCUCGGAAGUCUCUUCAAUGAUGUGUUGCAGAGGGAAGUCGGAAGCUCAUUCAUGGAGAAAAUUGAACGCAUUCGAAUCCUGGCUCAGAGUGCGUUGAAUUUGCGUUUGGCUGGUAUUGAAGAUACUGCAAACCUAUUAGAGAAGCAACUGACUUGUGAAAUAUCCAAGAUGCCACUAGAGGAAGCUUUGACAUUGGCUCGUGCGUUCACUCACUCUCUUAACCUUAUGGGCAUUGCAGACACUCAUCACAGAAUGCAUAAACUCAUAGACGUUACACAACUUUCAAGAUCGUGUGAUGAUAUAUUCACUCAGCUAUUGCAAAGUGGAAUUUCCUCGGAAGAGCUUUACAAAACGGUUUGCAAGCAGGAGGUCGAGAUUGUUCUUACUGCUCAUCCUACUCAAAUUAACCGGAGAACCUUACAGUACAAGCAUGUCAGAAUUGCUAAUCUUUUAGAAUAUAACAGCAGAUCAGAUAUCGGCCAUGAAGAUCGAGAAACACUAAUUGAAGACUUGGUUAGGGAGAUAACUUCAGUAUGGCAGACUGAUGAGCUUAGACGUCAAAAACCUACUCCAGUUGAUGAAGCUAGAACUGGUUUGAACAUUGUUGAGCAAUCCCUUUGGAAAGCUGUACCACAUUACCUGCGUCGUGUCAGCAAUUCCUUGAAAAAGUUUACGGGGAAGCCACUUCCAUUAACAUGCACGCCUAUAAAAUUUGGUUCUUGGAUGGGAGGUGAUAGAGAUGGAAACCCAAAUGUGACGGCGAAGGUCACCAAGGAAGUAUCUCUCUUGUCCAGGUGGAUGGCUAUCGAUCUGUACAUAAGAGAGGUUGAUAGCUUAAGAUUUGAAUUGUCUACAGAUCGAUGCAGUGACAGAUUUUCAAGAUUAGCAGAGGACAUUCUUGAAAAAGAGAGUUCUGAAAAAAAUUCUGACAGAGGACAAUCAAGUUUCUUAAACCAGCAAAAUUCAUCCUUGUCAACACAGCUUCCAGAUAAAGCUCAACAUCCUUCUUGCAUUGAAGAUGGCGAUUCACAACAUCCCAAAUUUGAAAUUAAUACGACGACAGAUUUUGUGCCUCCUAAUCUCCAGAAGCAAAAUGAAGAAGACUCUCCAAAGAUAGAUUCGAAGUCAAAUGCUGAUGAUACUCAUACGGGAGGUCUUACUUCGCGAGGUUCUUUCUCAUCUACCUCUCAACUUCUCUUCCAGAGGAAACUAUUUGCGGAAUCUAAAAUUGGGAGGGCCAGUUUUCAAAAGCUACUAGAACCACCUCCACUUAAACGUGCUGGAAUGGCUCCUUACCGCAUUGUACUUGGAGAUGUUAAGGAUAAGCUUGUGAAGACUCGAAAACUCCUUGAACUUCUACUUGAGGGUCUUCCUUGUGAGUAUGACCCUAGGGUAUCGUAUGAAACGUCAGAGCAACUUCUAGAACCAUUGCUCCUCUGCUACGAAUCGCUGCAAUCAUCCGGCGCUGGUGUACUAGCUGAUGGAAAACUUGCUGAUCUAAUCCGUAGAGUUUCUACAUUUGGCAUGGUUUUGGUGAAACUUGAUUUACGUCAGGAAUCUGCAAGGCAUGCUGAAGCUUUGGAUGCAAUUACAACAUACUUGGAUCUUGGUACUUAUAGUGAAUGGGAUGAAGAGAAAAAACUAGAUUUCUUGACAAAAGAACUUAAAGGGAAACGACCCCUUGUUCCUCCCACUAUUGAGGUUGUUCCUGAAGUUAAAGAAGUAUUGGACACAUUCCGAGUUGCUGCUGAGUUUGGAAGUGAAUCACUUGGAGCUUAUGUUAUUUCCAUGGCUUCAAAUGCAAGUGACGUCCUUGCUGUGGAGCUUCUGCAGAAAGAUACUCGACUUGCGGUCACUAGUGAACAUGGAAAACCAUGUCCUGGUGGAACGCUACGAGUGGUUCCUCUUUUUGAAACGGUGAAAGAUUUAAGAGCUGCUGGUUCUGUGAUAAGGAAACUGCUUUCAAUAGAUUGGUACAGAGAACACAUCCAAAAGAAUCAUCAUGGUCACCAAGAGGUGAUGGUUGGAUACUCUGAUUCAGGAAAGGAUGCUGGACGCUUUACUGCAGCAUGGGAACUUUACAAAGCUCAAGAAGAUGUUGUUGCUGCUUGCAAUGAGUUUGGGAUCAAAAUCACUUUGUUCCAUGGACGAGGAGGAAGUAUUGGUCGUGGUGGUGGCCCGACCUAUCUCGCCAUACAAUCCCAACCACCAGGCUCUGUAAUGGGCUCUUUGCGUUCGACCGAGCAAGGUGAGAUGGUUCAAGCCAAGUUUGGUAUACCACAAACAGCUGUUAGACAACUAGAGAUAUACACAACCGCCGUUCUACUUGCUACCUUAAAGCCUCCUCAACCGCCUCGAGAGAAAAAAUGGAGAAAUCUAAUGGAAGAAAUCUCAACAAUCAGUUCCCAAAACUACAAAGGCACAGUCUACGAAAACCCAGAGUUUAUCUCAUAUUUCCAUGAGGCAACACCACAAGCCGAGCUCGGUUACCUCAACAUAGGAAGCCGACCAGCUCGAAGAAAGAGCUCUACUGGCAUAGGACAUCUCAGAGCUAUCCCUUGGGUCUUUGCUUGGACACAAACAAGGUUUGUUCUACCAGCUUGGCUCGGUGUAGGAGCUGGUCUAAAGGGUGUCUCUGAGAAGGGUUACGCAGACGAUAUUCAGGAGAUGUAUAAAGAGUGGCCGUUUUUUCAGUCAACUAUUGACCUUAUAGAGAUGGUGUUAGCUAAAGCAGACAUCCCCAUUACAAAACUCUAUGACGAACAACUUGUCUCUGAGAACAGAAGAGGACUUGGUGAUAUGCUGAGGAAAGAAUUGAUGACUACUGAAAAGUAUGUGCUUGUGAUAACUGGCCGCGAGAAACUCUUGGAGAGCAACAAGAGCUUGAAGAAACUCAUAGAGAGUAGACUUCCGUAUCUUAACGCUAUGAACAUGUUGCAAGUUGAAGUACUUAAGAGGCUAAGACGCGAUGAAGAUAACAAUAAGCUUAGGGAUGCUUUGCUAAUCACAAUCAAUGGUAUCGCUGCAGGAAUGAGAAACACUGGUUAAGAAAGUAGCACAACACACUAAACGGAGAUUUACAAUAAUCUAUUAUUUGGGUUUCUUUUGGUCUGUUCUUUUGUUUCUUGUUGAACAACAAGGUAAUCGUACAGAAGAGAGCGUCGGGGAUUUUAAUUUAUCAUUGGACUAAUUCCACAGUUUAUAUAGUUGUAAUGUUUUGGGCUCAAUGGACUUUGCGGUGGAAUUAUUGAAAUAAUAGGUAAAGACAGAACAAAAUAUUGCAAUGUCUCUAUAUCCACAUAUUCCUUUUCCUUUAUACAACCUGUGAUUAAACCCCAUCCUGAAAUCUUAUAACCGAUUUCGUUGAUGAACGAUCAAAAUGUGCAUGCAUGCAUCAUUUAGGAGAAAUAAGUAUCCAUGAUGGAUUAGUACAUAAAUAAAAUAUGUUGUCAUAUUUCACGCAUACAAUGCAACAGAACUGAAAUAACAACGUUAAAUUUGUUUAUAAACUGAAAAAAUUGUUUUAAACAUUUUUUUUUACGUCGAAAGACCAUUCUAUUACUCAAAGGUUUUAAACAUGUUUAAAAUGGUAACAUAACAGAAAUUUUUUUUUUUUGUUUACGCUUUCUAAAUUAAAAUUUGAUUUUACAACCUCUAAAUUAAAAAUUUUAAUUGUUACUAUUGUUUCUAUUUUAUUUAAUAUUAUGUUUUUGACACAUCUGAUGAUCUUUUUACUACUGUUUUCUAACUUGAGUGUUGAAAAUUCAGCAGAAACUACUUGAUCAUUAUCCUUCUGGGAUGUUAACAUCGUUAUUCGAUUUAUAUGUAAAUCGAUAUAAAGGAAAAAUCUUCUAAACAGUAAGAUUUGAGAACAACUUUUCAUGUAUAAAUCCACUGCCAACUUGUGGUCUAAGUAACUUUAGUUUUGCUAUUAUUCUCUCUCAUUGCCAAUUGCUUUUUACUCUUUUUUUUCGUAGAACACUGAUGUCUGAAUCCUAGCCUACUAGCCUUUACAUACCUGAAAGAAAAAGAGAAAUACAAGGCAUGAAUCCCGGGAGAGCAUAUUCUUUAGAAUAUUAUUAUUUGCUUGUGUGGUGCAUUUCUUUUGUCAACGUUGUGAGGUAUAGGCUGUGCAAACCGAACCGAUGUUUUUCAGUUGUCGAUUUUGAUUCAGCUACUUGGGUUUAACUUAUAGGCAGACAACUGAAACUGAUUUGGGUGGGUUUUUUCAUUUUUUUGUAUUUUACUAUUGAUACAUGAGUAUACGUAUAUUAAUUUAUAAAAAAUGUAGAUAAGAUUUCAUAUGAAGAACGCAAAUAUCUGAAACUGAAAGUACGGGUCCGAAUGGCAAUAUGCAAGAACUACUACGCUGAGGUUUUAAUAAUAAUAAAAAUAUAUAAAUAA